CUGCUGGUAUUGCUUACCAAAGCAAUGACACCGCAGGUCCUCGAAGAUGAAGAUGGCUGUCUACUAGGUCGUUGUGCCGCCUAGUCUGGUGGAAGUUUACCGACGUUUCGGACGUCCUUGCUGCAUCAAGCUCGUCUAAAACGUUGGAGGCUCUGACUUCGCGUCCCACAUCCCACGCAUCUGACGAGUUCAGCGAGGAAACAAGAAGAAAUGAAAGGGAGUCUGCAACUGCUGAAGAUUCAUCUUCACCUGGCUCAGUGGAAAGGGCAUCACUUCUUGCAGUGGGUGCCUGGGAUCAGUUUCUGUGUGACUUCGCAACAAGCAGUCAGUCUGCCCAGCGGCUGCGAGGGACAGUUAACUGGGAUCUCUGACAAUCAACCCGGAGCGGCGAGUUCCUCGUGCCUGCAGGAUGGGGAACCAGCGACUGCUCAUCGUGACACUUGGAGCUGUGAUCCUGGCCACGUGUUGUUCUUCUGCAGAGCCAAAUUCAAGAAACACGGGCACUCCUCAGUUAAAGGUUACGAAACAGAAUUUGAAGGAGCGGCUCUCAGAAAUGGCCGAGGAGUUCGGGGCAAUGAGCUUUGAAGAGACGUCAGAGGAAGUGUCUUCUGCAGAUGAGGAGGCGACGUCCCUGGCACCAAAGCAACAUGUCAAGAGGCUAAUAUCUGCUGAGCAAAAUGCUGAAUUCCAGGUUUAUCAAGGCGUAAUGGGGAGACCUGGAAUGGACUUCCCUGUACUGCGUAGCAUCCCUAAAACAGGCUUCAGCUGUCGCCAAGUGAAGCAUUCUGGAUACUACGCUGAUCUGGACACUGACUGUCAGGUUUUCCACAUUUGUGCUGAUGGUAGGAAGAUUUCUUUCCUGUGUCCAAACGGAACAAUAUUCAGGCAGUCUCAUUUAAUUUGUGACUGGUGGUGGACCGUGGACUGCGCCAGCUCUAAAGAACACUACGAAGAAAGUGCCGAGCUUCUCGCCAAUGAACGAAAAGUUUACCAAGCGAGGUCUGACGCUUUGUCCAAAUCGAGGUCCAGACAACAUGCAAACAGGAAACCGGGAAUCAUCCGAGAGUCUGAGAGUGUAAGUGCAGCACCUUACAGCACAGAGGCAGUCCCGCUGAAUGCCAGAAUACAGGCUCACAACAUUAUAAAUCCAAGCAGACAGGUCCUCAUCUCUACACCAAAUCCCGGAUCCUCACGGUCAGCGGAAGAAUUUCAGACUGGAAGCAGCAUGGAACUGGCAGAACAGAGGCCAGUAGUCGCCUUCAAUCCACCGUAUCUAGCGUCUCGUGCAAGGCGUCCUCAGAAUCAGGAACAUCGACAAGGCGGGCAAUUUGCAGAAACCGGACAACAGAACAAAGCUGGGCAUUUCUUGCAAAACAUGCCUCCAGCAUCUGGAGUCCCAGAACAGCAGAAGAUCUCACAGUACAAUCAGUUCUCAGAUAUUCAUACUUCCCUGAAGGUUACUCCCGCUCCACAACAGGCACCCGACACAGCUCACCAACCCAAAUCCGGCCUCCUCAUCAGCCGCAAUAGACAGUCUGGGCAGAGUCUCUCGCAGAGAAGUAUGCCACAGACUGGAAUCUCACGCAGUCGUCAACAACCACAGCAAGUAGUCACAUCCCAAGCCCAACCACAACCACAAUUUCGCCCUGAAUCACAAACAUUUCCACAAAAUAAAGAAAUGGGCAAUGGUUCUAGGUCCUACAACCAUAUCAGAUUCUUUCCAACUUCAGAAAGAGAACGCCAGCUGCCAGCAGAGACGGGGUCAUUUGUUAACAACAGGGGGUAUCAACUAAAUGACAUUAAUAAAACAACAGAUAGACUGAGAAUUACGAAGAAGAGGGUCCAACAGGCAUCUCAUAAGCCGUACGUGGAGUUGGACAGGUCACGAACAACUACAGACUACCCUCUCUCAGAACAGGCAACGGACAGAGGGAUCACAGGUGCAUCAGACACGCAGUCGUCUCUAGUACUUACUACUGAGGGAAAUUUAUCUGAUGAUGAUGAUGAUGAUGGUGCAUUUCAAGAACCACCAAGUGAGGAGCAGUUUAAAGAUGAAGAUUUAUUUUACCUUCAUGAUGCUUCAAGAGAAAGUGAUGUGACUGGUGAUUUUACAUCUACAGAAUCAUCAGUAAAGGAUAAAAAUUCAGAGAGUUCUGUUUUCAGAGAUGAGUUUAAUAGCGAGUCAGGCGAAAUAGACUUCACUGAAGAGGUAGGAUUUUCAAAAUCACCAAGUUAUAUUCAGACCAAAGACAAGGAUAUAUAUGGAAAUUCAGAAAUGCAAGAUUACAUUGAACCUACAGAAUCCAUAAGCCUUCCAGACAUACAAAAAUCAACCACAAAUAUAUCAAGUGCUGAAUAUGCUUAUGAUUUCUCCUCUCCUGUCGUAUCGUCAAGUUUCUCCACAGAAAAGCCACAUCAAUUCCACACACCAGCAACAUUACCUCCCAUCAGUACCAAAGAACCGCUUGAACGGAAUGUGUCUGUUACCAAGAGCACAUCGGAACCACACGCAACAGUAUCGUACAUAAAUGUUGAAGGUAUUGCCACUCAUCCUCUCAGCAAAUCAAUAAAAAGUGAUGACAUCAGUACAAGUGCACCAGUCUCGCCAUCUGCGUCAGCUACAGUCUCUCCUACAACUGAGGAUCCUGUAAGAAUGAAACUGAAGCCUAUAUUUGUUGAAAUUAUUCACAGAGGUUCGUCAGAACCUCCGUUUUUGAAAACCUACACAGUUCAAGAACUGGAAAGGAGAAGGAGCACCACUAAGUCUCCUCUCUUUGCAGAGAAAGAUAAUUUUUCAUCUAGAAACCCUGAAAGUACAGCCAGCACUUCUCAGAUGAUGGGGUCUGGUGAAAUGUCAACUACUCAGACUUUAUCCCCGUCACCAGUUACAUUAACAAGAAGAGUAAGACCACCCAAAAAACUUGCAUCUCUGACCCCUGUCCCCGACAUUACACCCGCUGAAUUCACCGCAUCUUUUCCAUCAACCGUGUCAUAUGUUACUUUGUCUAGGAAGGUUCAACCGCCUGUGUUAAUAUUAACUUCUUCAGAUCAACAUGACAAGGACAAAAGGAAAGGUGAUGAUACCCCUCCAGUGUCAUCCACAUCUGGUACAGGAGACAUGUCAUCAUUUACUGACCACACGACUCCAAUAAGUCCUGUAACUUUAUCAAGAAUAGUGCAGCCACCACUGGCAGGACUGGUUGAAUUUAGUAGUGGACUCUCCACGUCAACCAGAACUGCUGUCAGACAGGAAAUCAUUACUAGGACAGCAAAUCAGAAUGCUUCUGUGAGCUUUCAGACCAUAAAAAAUUAUAAACAUCAGAAUAUCAGUAAACACCAACUUCCAAAAGAAGCAGAAUUUGAACACAAUAAAUUGGUAUCAACAGAAUCUUCAGCUUCACAUGUGAGAAGCAAUUCUGAAUCGACCAAGAAUUUUGUCGACGAAAUUCAACACCAAACAACCAGUGAACCAAGCCCUAUCACAACUCCUAGGAAACGGUUUUUCUCGCUGAAGCGAAGGACAAUGACAGACACUACUGAAUCUACCACACCAUCUUUAAACGCAUCAAUGCGGAAGGUGAUCUUGACUAGGGUACCAACUUCUGUUUCAGACAUUCCUGUAUCAAUUGCUUUCAAGCAAGAACAAACUUCUCCACAAUAUAGGAACAGAGACGGUCUCACGAUACCUGCAUCAUCGGGACCAUCAACCCUUCAUUCACUUGCAGUUUAUUUUGCUGCAAAAGACAGCAACCAGGAGACCACAGUCAAUACGUUAACAGAUUUAUAUUCUAGGAAACGUAAAGGAAAGGGGGAGAAGACUACGACUGAAAGUGUGCCUGCAUCGUUAUCCAUACGUGAGUACAGUUCAUCAGCAGAAGUGAAUGAAACACACACUCCCAUGUUAGCUCCAAAUUUCUUAACAAAAUCUACAAGGGAUUCAUAUUCAAUGCUUUUCCCUAAUACCAGCGAUGAACAAAAUUCAUCGACAGAAGAGCCAGCGAGAUCUACGGCAAGGACGGCACUGAAAUCUAGCGCCAAAAUCAAGCCUAAGGAUAGGAAAAUAACUCACUCCUCACAUGAUAUUCUCAGUAGUGAGCUGUUAGAAAAGUUGGCAGAAAUAUCUGAAAUGGAAGAAAAACCACCAAGUGAGAAAAGAGUUUCUUCGUCUGAAAGAGGGAUGUUGCAUUCAGAAACUGAAGACUUGUUGGAAGGUACUGACUCGCGAGACCUACGAGAACUGGCACACAUUUUCAGUCGUGCUCUUUCUGCCUAUUUGGAAGAUCCAGAGGAGUUCAAGAGAGUUCUUACAAAGGUUAGACCACAGGACCCGUCAUCUGUUUAUGUGAAUGAUGUGAAACAGGCUGAGUCCAACCACUUUCUGAGUACCACAGUAUCCUCCGUGAUUUCUUCCACUACUGUACCACUGACAUCAUCAAGCACCCAGGACUUUUCAGUCACUAAGGAGGAUGAAGAAGUUCUGGAUUUUUCUGAUGUUUCCAAAGUUUCUAGAAAGAAAUCAAAAUCAACAGGUUUGACGCCUCCAUAUUCAAAAUCUUUUGAGACACGGAAAUGGAAAGAUGUAGUCUCAACAUCAUAUGAAAACUCUGCUGCAGUAGCAUCCCGGAAGACUGGGAUAUCAGAAACUGUAUCAAAUCCGUCUUCCAUUGAGGCAGUUGAAGAGCGUGACCUGAAGCCACCAGAGGAAGGGCUCCAGAAUGCACAGUCUACAUACUACAUAUUGUCCAAUGGACGAGUUCCAUUGAACACAGCCAGUGUUUCUCAAGAAGUGUUUGAACAUGCUGAGACAGGUAAGGGAUCUGGAACAGAUUACUCUUUACCACCUGGGACCAAGCAGUAUCAAGGCCCUGCAUAUGGUCCACAGCCAGAUGAAGUAAAAUUUGCUCCAACUGCUGGAGGAGUUAAUGAUCCAAGCCGUCCACGUUAUGGAGGUUUCCAAAACAAUUCAGGAAUACCAGCUAAAGAGACUUCAAUUAAUAGUACUGACAUACAAAGUAUUGUCAAAGCCACAACCUUUGUCCCAGAAGUUAGGUAUCAAACACGAUCCACAGUGCAUCCUGUUUCAACAACAGCAAAUUUUCAAAAACCUUUGGGAAGGGAUGUUGUUGAUGAAUUUGGGAAUAUUUUGAACACUUUUGUACCUCAAGAAGUUAACAACCUAGCUAUUUUUGUUAGUACUGAAACUCCAGGUGCCUCACUGGCUGAUGAAAAUGUACAGAGCGACCGUGUUCAGACUUAUAAUUCUAGUUCACGAGAAGCUCUUCAUGGCGUCAACACAACUGGUUUCACCCCUUUGCCAGUUAGCCAGUCUUCAAAUACUCUCAGUGUAGAACAAAAAUGGAAUUCUCUGGGAAGUAUAGUUGAUGCAUUAACAAUAAAUUAUAAAUUGAGUGAAUCAGAUAUUGAAGAAAGAAAUUUGUCAACUGUCACACAAGAAUUUAGUUCACCUGUAGCGACAACACGAAAACCCACUUCCACUACAAAACCAGUGCAUAAAACUCGACAAAGAUUUACGACAGAAUCUUUCAACCCUGAACCAUCUGAUCCAACAACUAGCCCGCAUGAUAUUCCUGACACUUCAUCAAAGCCUGCACAGACGCAAAGGUACGUACAUUCUCGAUUGGAACUGGAAGCAGACAGUGCAAAUUCUGACAAGGGAUCGAAUUACAACUCAAAUCCCCAGGAAGAGAUGCAGCCACUGGACAUUUCGGGCAUUACAUUUUAUUCAGAAAAGAUAAAGCCAUUGCCUCCGGCUUCAGCUUCUUUAAUUCAAGUAUCAGUAUCUAAGACGUACAAGGUCGAACCUUUGACUAAUUCUUCAACUAGUAAGUACAUGUCUGGAAAAAUCUCAGAAUUUGAUAACAGUUCAGAAGAAAUGUCAGUAACAACAUCUGCAAAUAUUCCUCUCAGAAAGGAGUCAAUACACAAAACACAAGCUUAUCCCCGAGCCAUGGAAUUAGAAUCAUCCACUCUUUCUUUACGUGAGUCUGGCACAAAGAAACAUUCUUUGCACAGUGAACAAAGUUCAAGAAGUACUGAAGAACCAGAUAUAACACAACAAGAUUUGACAAAGAAUGCAGCAUUAAGAGAGGCACCAGAAAUGUUACUGCCACAUCGACAACCCACGCGAAAAUUGUUUACGGACGCGGCAUUCUCAGAAACAUUACCCACUGCUGAGAUUACCACAGUUUCAUGGAAACAAGAAACAAAACAGUUUGAUCAAGAAAUUCCUAGUGUGAAUUUACAACCUGUUCAGAGUUCAGUUGGUGUACCUUUUUCUGUUGCCAUUCCUUCAUCACAAGGGGUCACCGAUUCCGGAGGAACAAAAAAUUCCAAAGAGGAAUUACCUUAUUUUUAUAAAGAAGGAGUUGAACCACUUACAUCCACAUCAACACUUGACUCAGCCAAUAGUAGUUCUGUAAUAGUUUCUUCAAACAGCAAUAUAUCAUCUAGAGGAACAAAGUUUUCUGAGAAACACAAAUCAUUAAAUAAUAAAGUUACACUGACUGAAUCGAAUGAUGCAUCAAACUCUCAACAGUCAGUCAGAAUAAGUACCAUGGUUUCUUCUACAGAAAGUCCAUUUUCAUCCAACUCUCCCACUAUACCAACAUCUGUUAAAAUAUACUUCUCUAACCGUUCUCAGAUGUCUGUGCCUAGAGCAAGUGUAGAGGCGGAUCUGAGGAUGGAUAAUGUAACCACAGAUCAAUUACAAGCCUUGGAAGACAUUCAGACAAUGAUUUUCCCUUGUAAUUCUACCAUGAGCAAAGAUGGGACAAUGUUCAAUAACCUGAAUCAAUCCAGUACCCUUUCUUUGAUUGAUACGAUGAAGCAGGCUGUGACCAAUUCGACGGUUCGACGCCUCGUGCUAUUAUUAGUGAACAGCCUGAAAGGGAAUACUCCAGAAGAAACUCAGUCACGCCUCAUAGCAGCACUCUUAAGAGUGCCAGUUGAUCGCAAAUUGUCAGAGGCAGAGCGAGUUUCAGUAUCAAUGUUACUGCAAAAAAGAAUGGAAUCCUUGGCAGAAAAAUCGAGUGGAGAACACACUUUGGUUGCUGCGUCUCAACAUGAGUCAUAUCCAAGUGCUUUCCUCAAGAAAUCAUCUCAGAUUCCCAUGACUGAACAGCCUGACUUUGGGAAAAAGCAUUUGACAACAACCCAGGCUUCUGCCACAAACUUACGUGCUCGAGGGCGGAAGGCCCCUCAGAUUCUCACCCCUCAAGAACAUACAGCAAAAGUGGCUGUUCAAAGUAACGGCAGAAGACCAGUGAGACUCAGAAUGACAACCGAGUCCUCUUGGACCAUAUCGAGCGAGACAUCAUCACCAGAGAAAAAUUCAGGGUCUGAAGAUCUUGCCAAAGUUGACUCACUUCCACCAUCUGAUACAAGAGCCGUAGAACUUCUUCGGUCCCUAUACUCCUUGGCUUCUAGAUGGGGUUGAAUCUAGUACAUGAUGAGAAAUAUCAAAACACUGACUUGUACAGUCCUGGUCGUAGAAACUGCACCAAGUUCAGGAGAUACAAGGAAGUAAAGAGAUUCGCAAUAGUUUUACUGGUGGUUUAAGUUUCCCUGAUCAUGACUGUAUACACCAUAUGAUGUGACCAGUGACCUAUGUUGGUUGUUGGCCAUGGCUUUCAUGUGAUACAGGUUCUGCCAGCAUUUGUUGCAGCUUUGAUCAAAUUGAUGCUUGUUGUUCAACACUUUGUGCUGAUCCUGGGCCUGUAUAUGGUGCUUCAGUAGCUUCUAAAGUCCAUGAAUACUUCUAAAUUUUAAUAAGUGUGGACAAAGUUAAAAUGGAAGCAAAUUGAAGAUGGUAUAUGAAAGCAAUGUUAAUAAAGUUUCCUCUUGGUUACUUGGUCAGAAAUAAUAAUAGUAGAAGGUAAAGUUUUAACUAAGGAAUUUGUAUCAUCAUAAACUCUUAAAUUAGAGAGAACUAAUAUUAUUUUGAGACUUUUGAUUUGACCUGGUUCCUAUAAGCACUUGAAUCUUGUUAAGGAUGCCCAUGAAAUUUGACUGUCAUAAGUUUGUGCCAUUUGCUAAUGGGAUGUUCAGUUAAACAGAUGUAUAUUUCAUUGAAACGCUUCCCCGAUUUCUGCCAGUUUCCUCAGUGACCAACAGGAAAGAAUAACAUUGUCAUCCUCGAUACCACGAGAAGCUCAAAUCUCACAUGGUGUUGGAUACUGAUGCUGUUAUGUUACUUAUAAUGAAUUUUUAAUUCUUGUUGGUGUGAUUGAAUUAGUAUUAGGACGAAUGUGUGUGAGAGAGACAGACUGCAUUAUAUUUUUGUACAAGUGAAUAAAAUUGAUGCUGGUGUUCUUAAAUUCUUUCACCCUGUUAACUAAUUUCAUAACAAACAAAUAUGUUAUUGCACGAAUAUAUAAAGCUAACUUGAUCUAUUUGUUGCAUGACAGGAAACUUAAAAAGAAAUCAAAACCUUGUUGAGGUUGGAUGAAGACACACAAGAAAUAAAAUAUCUAAUAUUUUACAUACUAUGUUAACAGAAAUUUCCCAUUUAUGUAUUAUAAAUAACUAAAAUUACAUGAAGUAAUGACUACAA